CCCAUUUCCCCCCAACCCAACGCUGCCUGCCAACAACACUCUCUCACUCACUCACUCUCUCUCUCCCUCUCCCUCUCUCUUUCUCUCUCUACCUUUCUUAAAUUCAUGGUCCCACGCACCACCGGCUGCCGGAAUCGGAGGCCAUGAACGUCGGCGGAACCGCCACCUUCCGAUCCAUCCUCGACAAGCCCCUCAACCAACUCACGGAGGAUGACAUUUCUCAGCUCACUCGCGAAGACUGUCGCAGAUUCCUCAAAGAAAAAGGGAUGCGCAGGCCUUCAUGGAACAAAUCGCAGGCGAUCCAACAGGUCAUUUCCCUCAAAGCGCUUCUCGAACCUUCCGACGAUGAUUCCCCUCCUCCUCCUCCCCCCAUGCACCACCAUCCUCAUGCUCCUCAACCUCAAGCCAAUUUGACUCAGCCUCCGCCCAAGGCCCCUCCUCCUGAGGAACCCGCCUUUCUCGCCGCCGACGACAUUCAGAAAUCUGCCUCUUCUGGGGAAAAACCUACGGAGACUAAUGACACCAACACCAACGCUAACGUUGCUAGCCCCAGGGGCUGUGCUACUAGUGGAUCAAUUGGCCAAAUGACAAUUUUCUAUUGUGGUAAGGUGAACGUCUAUGAUGGAGUCCCACCUGAUAAGGCACGGGCAAUCAUGCAGCUUGCUGCAAGUCCUGUCCAGUUUACUCAGGAUGAUCCUUUACAUGGACAUGCAUCAGCUUGGUCUUCUCCUUGCCACUUACCGAUGGAUAAGGAUGUCCUCAUCCCUGUUGAUACAGCUAUCCUUCAGGUUGCUCAAGCAGGUAAUAAGAUGGUGGAAUAUCCUCUGCAAUACAGAGAGAAAGGGAGCCUAACUCGUGAUGCUGAUAUAGAUGGUCAAGCAAGCAGAAAAGUGUCAUUGCAGCGAUAUCGUGAAAAGCGUAAGGACAGGGGAAGAUUUAAAGGCAAGAAAUUGACUGGAAUAACUUCAUCUAACUUCGAGAUGUAUUUGAACCUUCCAGUGAAGGUCCAUGCCUCAAAUGGGAAUUCAAGCCGCAGUAGCACUAGCUCUCCACCACAGCCUAGAGUGCCUCUAGCUUCCAGUGGUUCAGCUGACAACCAGCUCAAAGUUGCCCUUCCCAUUGAUCUCAAUGACAAAGAUGUUCAAGAAUGCUAAAACAUCAACUAGAUAGAUUAUGCAGAAUUGGGACUCGUAGAUCAUUGAAGAGAGAUGAUCGAAGUAUAACUGAAGAGACGAUAGCGUCUAGGAGCCUACUGCAAGAAUUGACUGCUCUCAGACUGGUCAAUUUUAGUAUCUUUAACUGUUUUGCAAAUUUCUGUUGUUUAGGAUAGUGGAGUGCCCUGCUUACCAUAUCAAUUUUGUAAUAUCAGCCAUCUAAUUUCGUCCUUCGGGAAUUUCUUGUUACUGAAGUUUAAGGUUUUAUUAGUAGUAAUGUAGAGCCAAGAAGGAGCAGCCAUUUUCCCAAGAAUAUAUGAUGUAUAAAUUGAUCUUGCUGCCUCGUUAAAUGUUAAUAGCUUUUGUGCAGA